AAGCUUUAUAUAGACAGUUUGCUAUCUUCUGCGAUUACGGACAGUGAUGACAAACAUCUAUACCACGAGGGGAGACUGGACUAGCGUAGCGGGGACGAUGAUUCGGACACUUCUGAUAACAGAAGUGGAGUAUGACUUCAUAAUGGUAAAGUAAACAAGGAAGAGUCAUCACAAGCUGUUUGAACAAACGCUGAGAGGUCCGUGAACUUCCUUGGUUUGUGAUACUUUAAUUUGACCCGUUAAGUGAGAGAUUUAUACUUCACUGUUCUAAUGUUGUACCCAGUGGGUGCACCCAAAGGCGGACUGGCAUUAUCUUCCAGAAAAGGGGCAACUCUCGGCAUCAAAGGGCUCGUGGAAUGUUUGGUGAAUUGAUUUUGGGAUACACCUUGAAGUCUUCACCACUUUGGGAACAUAUUUGAAGCCAAACUGCUGAGUUGAAGCUACGUUUCAGGUCAUAAAACAGAACGGAUUACACGAUAACACCAGGGUGGUAUCCGUUUGAAACAUCUUAAAAGAGGCUUUGAGCAAAGUGAAUUUGCGCGAUGACAGAAGGUGGACUGCCAGUGACAAUAUAGUGGAUUGACACGUGUCAGAAAAAAAGGAUUGGCACAGUGACAGGUACUUGGAUUGACACUGUGACAGUAAAUUGGAUUGACACAGUGACAGUAAAUGGGAUUGACACAGUGAUAGUAAAGUGGAUGGACACAGUGCCUGUAAAGUGGAUUGACACAGUGACAGAAAGUAGACUGACACAGUGACAGUAAAGUGGAUUGAUACCGUGACAGAAGGUGGAUGGACACGUGUCAGAAAAUUUGAUUGAAAACAGGGACAGCAAAGUGGAUUGACACAGUGACGGUAAAGUGGAUUGACAGUCACAGUAAAGUGUAUUAACACGUGUCAGAAAAGUGGAUUUGACACAUUUGAUGGAACAUAGGAUUUUAAGUUACACGGCGUAGUAAAAUCUCCAACUUAAUAAUAUGUUUUUAUCAUUUAACAUUUCUCAAAGCCGUUAAUCGCGAAACAUUAAAAGCUUCCUUCCUGUACACAUUAAAGUCAUAUGUGGAAAGCUAAAACAUCCAUCCAUCAUCUUUAUCCUUUGUGUUCGGAAGCAUCGAUGUAUGUUCACUUUAUCACUGCCCCUCAUUGUCAGCUUGAGCAUUCAACUUCAUAAGUACAACUUUUAUCCGUCAACAAUAGGUAAUGUGUGUAUACAUGCAUCCCUAACGACUGUUGACUAUUGUGAUGAAGGUAAAUGAGCUCACCUAGCUCAUGAAUGUGGAUAGGGUGGAAUGUCCCGUGUAAUUGUAUAUGGGUAAACAUCGCAUACAGUAAUGAUGUAACUGUACCGUAGCGACGUGAUCAGGCCAGGGUUGGAGGUUGGGUGGGUAACUGAUAGGUCCCAAUGCUGUAAUUGCUUCACAGCCUGGAGAAACGCGUAUCCUGGAAGAGUGGCGUGUUGUCACCUGUGUUGACGAUCUCCAGGACGAUCUCACUCGAUGACAGUUGGACCAAUGUGAAAGACCACGACGAGACGAGGAUUAACUUUUGUUUCAUGUCGUGGACUUCGAUAAAGGAUAAACUUUUAUACGGUCGGCCGAUCUUCAAGACAUACUUUACCACAAGGGCAAUAUAUCAUAACUAUAUCAAACGUCAGGUUUGUGGCGUAGCCGGGUAUGAGGAUGCGACCAUCAUACAGACUACAUGAGCGGGUUUUGUCUAGACGAUUCUUGUUUCAUGGAUUUAUACAUUAAUCCUGAUAUCAACUUGUUACACAGAAGAGGAUAAUGUGCCAUGCCAUAAAGAUACAGAUGCAUAUUGUAUCACGUUGUAUCUGUAUUCACUCGUUGAAAUAGAUUAGACCUUUGAUUGUGGACUUUGACUUCGUCCUGUGAUACAGUAUGGACGAGCAAUAAUAUUUUUUAUGUUAUACAGUGUGCAUACUUGAAACUUAUAUCACAAAGACUGAUCUCCAAUGUCACCUUUUCAAAUUUAGUAUCACAACCCAUGCCACAUCAGGAGACAAAUUCUGUCGAGAAUCGGAAACUUCUAUGAUAGACUAACAUUACGUUGCUAAUCUUAUGAAAGGCGGUUAUAAGGCAGUCAUCGUUCGUUACAUGGGAUACGGGAUAUGUCAUAACCUCACGUUCAACGAAGGGAUAGAAAAAGACACUUGCAAAUGUUGCGACCGAAAAGUAGCCGCAGCCAGUCCAAUUCAGCCGGAUCCCAAAGGGACAAGAAAACGCCAAAGAGCGGAAGGUCCUCAGCAAGACCUUGGGAUGAGUCUUCGUCCUCUAGGUCUUCCUCAAGGUCCUCUUCCAACACAAGACCUAGCUCUAUGACAAGGUGUGCGUCAAGAGCUGCCUCUAUUGCUGCCAGUGCAGGGGGGGCAGACUCCAAACGGCCCAAGUUUGUCAUCUGGCCUGAAUGGAAUGACUCAGAUGUCAAUGGAGAAAAGUGGGAGGCUGCACGGAAAGAUGAUAAGAAAGGGAAAUCUCCUACAGCGGCACAACAUCUCUUUGAUGACCCGGACGGUAAAAUUGAAAUGCCGCCAUCGCUCAAAGUGGAUCAUUGGAAGCGACCACACGAGUUCAUUGCCGAUAAGAUUUUAAACGUUGUUGACCAGGAACAAAUUGUCAAUGGCUUUGAUCUCAUCUCCCCUAAUGAACAUUUACAUGAGAGUGAGUUAAUGCGGUACAUCAUCAGUCAGAUCUCGGCGCUAUGGGAGAUGAGCGCUGUGAAGGCGCCAGAUCCGGGCAGCAUGAUGCCUGGAGAGGACGACACUCACACCUGGAAGCCAUGGGAACACAUCUAUGCUCUGUGCAAGGCUGGGAAGGGUCCACACCUGCCGCUGUAUAACUCUCACGGGAAAUAUGCUGUCAGAUUGUACUGGAUGGGUUGCUGGAGGAAGAUCUAUGUGGAUGACAGCCUUCCAUUUGACAGUGAGGAACGUCUGUUGCUGCCGGCAACCACAAUACAGGAGGAGCUCUGGCCUAUGUUGCUAGCUAAAGCUUUGAUCAAAGUUGCAUCCCUUGAUUACACUGGUGGCAGCAACAGUUGUGAGUUUGGAGACUUCAGCGUCGUCCACUGUUUGAAUGGUUGGCUUCCUGAGACCAUCCCUCUACAAAGCUUUAUGCACCCCAAGUCUCUCAGCAUCUCGAACUGUGACCCGUGUCUGCAGCCUGAUCGUCCCUCUGCGGCUGUUAGAGCCUCGCCUGUAGUCACUGCUAGUCAAGUGCUAGAAAAGUAUUUUGAGCUUAGCAUGCAUCCAAGCAAGUCUGCAGCAGAUGCUCAAACUCGCCCCGGCAGUAAGAAACGGGAUGUCAGAUAUGGUCAUAUGAGUGAGGUGUGGGAUCUGCUCCGUGUUGCACUGCCAGAGUGGAAACUGCCGGAACAGGACUGGGAAAAAGAAGCCACACAAGAAACCAUCAAGAAAGACCCAACUACACCGGUAGAGGCCCAGAAGGAUGAGAAGUCGGAGAAGGAUGCGAUCACCAAGGAGAUAAAACCUGAGGCCAAGGAGAAACCAGGGGAAAAAGGGAGCAGCAAGGAGAAACCCCCCAAAGAUGGCAAGGACAAAGAUAAAGGCAAGGAGGACAAGAAGGACAAGAAGGACAAAGACAAGGACAAAUCCGACAAGGACAAGGACAAACAUAAGGAGAAGUCCGAUGAGUCAGUUUUCCCAGAGAACCCGGAGGUCAUCGUGUUCGCCUCCUACUGCAGCACGCCUAAAUACCCUGUCAAGGUCUCUGUCUUGGGAGAAAUGGCUGAUGCGAGUGAAAGGUUACGCCAGACGGGAUUGUCUCACCUGUACCCCCACCCCGUGUUGAUCACACAGACACGGGCCUGUCCCCUCGAACCCCCACCCCCACCAGAGAAGAUACCAGCCUGGAAACUCAUCCGGCCACGCAAGAAGAAGACCACACCAUCGGAUGAACCCAUUGCUGAACCGGAGCCCCCGAAACCGAUCCAGUGUGUGGAGAUCACUUCGCCCUUUGUGAACUACAAAGUCAGCCCAGUGCCUAUACCUACUGAUACGCACCGACCCCGCUCCUCCCUAGAGCGAGGUGGCACCCGGUCACGCCCCAACACGGGGAACGUCGGGGCGAUUGAAGAGACAGAUGAGACCACGCAGGAGCUGGAGCUGUCAGCAGAGGAGAAGAAGGACGAGGAGUUGCUGGAAUCCUUCAUUGUGGAGGACAACUCCAAGUGUGAAGAACAUCUUGAUGCAAAGAGCGCAUCAACCAAACCUGGCUCUCCCAAGAAGAAGACAAGCUCCGCCAAGAAGGAAGGCAGGGACACAAGCAGAGAGCAGUCUCCUAAGCUGGACAGGAAGGGCAGUAGAUCGUCUGCCACAACGGGGAGGCCGGAGAGAGCUAAGAGUGCUUCUCGCUCCGACUCCCGCCAGUCCAAGAAAGAUGGCGAGGAAGAAGGAAAGAAGAAGGACAAAGUUCCAACUGAGGUAAAGCCAGCUCCGACACCGGCGCCGCCAGCCAAAGCUACAACCCGGCAGGAUUCUGUAUCCGGAGACACAGUGGAGGAAUCGGUGGGCCUGGAAGCUGGGGAGGAGCAGAUGGUGGAGGCAGAACUGACAGACAUCGGGUUGGAGGACAGCACCCCAAAACCCAAGAAGCUGUGGGUGGACUUUGACCAGUUCUGCAGAUGCUUCAAAACAUUGUACAUUUAUCACAAGCCAAAUACAUAUCCAUGCAAUCAAAAGUAUUCUGACUUGAAGAGACUGGAGGCCUAUAUUACCGCACAGAAUGUGGCUCCCCAGGGUCUCCAAGCUACUGGGGGCAAAGCCGACAAAAAACCCGCCCCUGCUGCCGCCGGGGUAAAUCCAUCCGCCUCCAAGACCUCUCAAACUCCUACCCACACCCAAAAUGCACCCUCCCCCACUAAUGCCCAGGGAACAUCCAGUCCUGAUGACCGCUCGCCUCACUAUUUGUUUGUUGACAAUUUGGAGGCCACAGAUAUAGUGGUUUCAUUCUCGGCCCUGCCGCGGUGGUUUGAUCCCCCGCUUCCUCCCAUGGACGAGAAGAAGUCUCACACCAGUGUGAAGGGAGGGAAAGACAGGGACCUGGAGAAGGAACCCACGGGUCUCACCAGCAGUAGUAUACUUGAUGGGUCAAUCAGUCCGGAGAAGCCAACAUUUCCAGUACCAGUUCAUCCUGGUACCCUGGUAGCGGAGCCGUAUUCCUGGAAGAGUCUGGUAACUGGACAGCCGAUUCUGAGACUGCGGACAACUGCCAGCAGAGCUGCGGUGCUGAGUCUCCCAGCUGGGCGUCAUGUUCUCCGCUUCAUGAUGACUGGACCACUCGGCUAUCAUGUCCACCUGUGUUCCGCCACGCAGUUUGUGUUUGGAGACGAGGAGACUGUCAUGUCGCAGCUCACCAAUGAAAGUUGUCGUUUCCGUGACAACGCAGUCCAGGUGAUCACAAAUCUGGGAAAAUGCAUCAACAACCUCGGUGACACAGAGAUGUUCCGACAGGCAUGGGAGGACCUGGUCCAAAGUCACUGCCCAUACCGCAAUGACAAACUCAUGUCCAAGACUCACCACUUCCAGGUGUUCAAUGAAUCUCUGUACAGCAUGCUGAAGCGAGCGCUGAAAGAUGUUAUCACCUCUAACAUGGCGUUUGCAUGGAGGGCUCUCAAUUUCGAUGCCACAUCUUCCAAUAUAAUGGGUCUGACUGUUGGGAGUCGACCAGGUGCCCCUGAGGAAGUGCUUCCCAACACAAGCAUGAAACCCACUGGUUCGACUAGUCACCGGGGUUCAGCGAAACCCGGAAAUAAGGGAAAGCAGGCCCCGCCAGAGGGUGAACCAGAGAAAGUGGAGAACACAUGGGCCAACAGAGAGCCGACACCUGAUGAACAUGUGGCUGCAGUGAAGAUACAGAAGGCUCACCGGGGUGCCUGGGUCCGCAAGAUGAAGGCAGCUCGCACGCCAGGAACUGACGAGAACCUAAAAGCAAUCGAAGACCUUCAGAAGUCCUGGUCAAUCUUGGAGUCCAAUGCUGAAGACAAUGGCCUAUAUUUAUUCAGGGAGAUGUUCAAGAAAGACCCAGACAUUAUGCCCAAAUAUCCGUUCUACAAGGAUGAGUGGAACAAGAUCUCCUAUGCUGAUUACCGGGGGGUGUACCCUGACCAGCCUCCCAACACCUGGUUCAUUGUCUUCCGGGAAGUGUUCUACGUGAGGGAGGAGAUGCUGGCUGUCCCCAAGCUGUAUGUUCCGAUCAACACGUGUAUGCUGAGGGUGGUCAACAACGACACCGGGGAGGAGAUACCACGGGUCUUCCAGAAGGUGGCGCCAUACGUCUACAAGAAAAACAGGAAAGGCUACACGUUCGUAGCUGAGGCACGGACUCUGGACCAGGGGAUGAUGAGUGGCAGCUGGAGGAUGCGUCUGAUUGGCUCCCUCAGCCCCCUCCCUUCUCCCCGCAACCAGGACGUCAACAGCUCCUUUACUGCCAAAGAGAUCCGAGACUACUACCUGCCAAAUGCCAAACAUUCCAUAUUCAGGUACACAGUGAAGGUGACAGAGGACCACCUUGUCAGUCUACAGGUCAACACCUCCAAACUGGACGUCUAUAUCAAGCUGUCAGUCCUUGACCACACAGAAGAGGUCAUCAGCGCCGUGGGCAAAGGUCACAUCGUCAUCCCAGCGUACAUCUUCCAGAAGGACUACAAUCCUGAGGAGCAAGAGGCUAAGAGGUCCAGCUCCCGAAGCUCCAACCGUGGAGGUAAGGGAGGGACCAGCAUACUGAAUAUGGCCGGGAAGGGGAAGCGAGGAGAGUCAGCCAGGAGUGCUGAUGGAAGGAACUCGAGAAGCAGUCAGCAUUCUGAAGCUGGAGUCAGUGAUUUGGAGCCAGAAGAAAGGGACACCAAGCCUCACAAGUACAUAGUCCAGGCUACGGUGCUGAAGAACAGCUGGCCCUUAACUGAGAGGGAGUGGGGCUUUGUACAGACCCUCAAGGAACAGGAGAAGAAUGAGCUGAAAGUGUCCUACAAGGAGCGUCCCCCCUCACCCCCCAAGGAGAAAGCCCCAGCGGCAGCCACCCAGAAGAGCAAGCAGGGCAAGGGCAGCAAGGCUGACAAGGGUAGCAAGGAGAAGGACAAAGACAACAAGGGGUCACGACCUCCAUCACAGCAGUUCGACAUGACCAAACCGUUCUGGACCUUCAGGAUUGUCAGUGAUGCCAGCGCUGCAGAGGACAUAGAGACAAGAAAGGACACUGAGAGGGCAGACGAGAUCCGAGCCUUGAAGAAGGCAUGGGAGGAUGCAGAGCCUGGUAGAGCUGUCAAGGCCAUGCAGUCCCGCCUCAAGUACCUUAGCACCCACAUGAUCCGGGUGCAGCCAGACGGUGGGGAGGAGGCCAAGGAGGAGAGGCCAUCCACCGGGGAGGGUCAGCCAGCGGAGGAGGCCCCACCCACAUCCCGUGAGACCCCCAUCUCCUUCCUGGACCAGCCCGAGGGGGAGUUGUCACUGGAGCCACCACCCCCACCCACACCCAAAGAAAUCCUGCAACCUCUAGAUCUAACACCGUUCAUAAAGAAAACAACAGACACUCCUCAGUAUUUGGAUGAGAAUGAAAUGCAGCAACGUCUGGAGGAGAGACAGAAGGAAAUCUUGGAGUACAAGCAGUUCCGUGAACGUGUCGAGAAAUGGAGAGAAGAAGAUAGACAAAGUCGUAACUUGACAAAAAUACGACAACUUGAUCAGGCCGAGGAGCUACAGGCGGCACUUGAUGCAGCGAGGGAUGAAGUGAAUGCUCCAAGAGAAGCGUUCCGACAGAAGUACUUGGAGGCAGAACGCAAGCGUCUGGAAGAGGAGGCGGCCAAAGAAGCAGCCUCGAAGGCCGAACAAGAAGCUAAAUCUCCCAAAGGAAGGCAAAAGAGUGCUAAAGGAAAGAAAAGUCCGGGAGGGAAAAAGAAGAAAUAAAUAAUAAAGCGAUGUUCAAAAUCUAUUAUAUAAAUCAAAGUUAUAAUUUAUUUGGAAAUCAUUGUUUUAUUUGAAAAUUUAUUUUUCAGUUUUUGAUAGGCCCUUUUUUUGGCUGAAACAUAUCUUGGUUUGAAGGUCCUUCAGUAUUCGUAAAACACUGUAAAAAGAAAAAGAACAGACAGACCAAUUGCACUAGUAGUUUUAAAUUGUUCAAUUCCAGGUAUCCAUGUGAUUAUUUUUCUUUUUUUUCGAUACAUGAUGCUAACAAUCUUUCUUUUUUUCAUUAAGGUAUUGAGAAUAUGGGGUCUGAAUCAUAAGAAAUAUGAUCUGAUGUUUAGAACUACCAGUAUGGCCUUGUUUAUCUGAAAACUGAUUUUUAAUGUUGUGCAUGACGUUAGUAAAUAGGAAAAUUAUAUUUGCUAUAUCUCUGAAUUUUUGCACAAGGGUCAUUAUGGUACCUAAGUUUAUUAUGAAAUGUGUUAUUUUAUUCAGUGCCAUCACGCAUAAGUGUUUUGAAAGGGUAUUCAAGCUUUAUAUAGUUUUUCCUCGAAUAACUUCUAUUUUAUACUAAAAUUUGAAAAUAUUAUUUGUUAUAUUUCAGGAAUUAUAUAUUUUAGGUUUAUUUUCUCAAAUCACGAUAAAUUAAUUGUACAUGCAAAUAUGAACUUGAGUUUAAUAUUUUUUAAUCUGAAACUCCUUAAUAUUGCCGAAGUGCUGUUACUAAUGCCACCUUUGAUUGACUGAAGAGAGCUGUAUCUCUUGCAUUAUCUGUGAUAUUGACAUGAAAGUGAUUGAUGUGUGUAUAUAUCAAUAUAUAUUUACUCCAAUACAUGCCUCGCGUACAUUCCACCUUGUAUCAUACAAUCAAGAUGUUGUACUUUGUGUUGUAAAUUAGUGAUCUGUAUCUAUAACAAUCUUUCAUUAUGAAUACGACACGUUUUGUAUGGACAACGUGUUACUUGCACUUUAAUAUCUGUCGUACAAAUACAAAUCCCACAUUGUGUGUUUCAUAAUCUCAUAUUCAUCUGAUACCAUUUUACAAAAAAUUAAGAAAAAAUCUUCCAGUUAUUUUGUUAAAAAUCUUCAAAACAUUGAACAAAUAUAAUUGUCAAUCUAGGUGACUUACUUAACUGUGUCCUGAAAAUUCAUCUAUAAUUGUUGUAGUUUUUAAUUUAAAUCAUACAUGGAUAGAGAAACGCAAAUGUAUCAAAGAUGUUGUUUUGUUAAUUAUAUUUUUUGUCUGCCUUGUCAGAUGUGAAGACCUGUUGGCCCAACAUUACUUACAAUUGUAAUUAUUUGUACAUAAGUGAAUAUUACAGCACAUAUACAAAGCUUACACAUAUAUCCUGUGUUAUUGGUCCACAUGCAUUUCGUCACAUAUCACUCAAGCUUGUGAAAUCAGCACCACAGUCUUACGUCAAAUUUAGUUUUCUAACUCUGAAUGUUAAAGAAUAUGUCCUCUUUAAAUCAGUUUAUUACACACACUGAACGUAGAGAGUUUUGGAUCUCUCAAUACGUUUUGCACUUGUAGUAAAUGGUUUCUGUGUAACCAUUAUUUUCACCAAGUUGUACAUAUAGUUUUACACAUCAAUAACAGAACAGCAAAUAUAACUCAAUAAAUCAGUAACCUUGUGUAAGGAAGCAAUAGAUUGUUGUCGGGGCAAUAUGGUGAACUUUGGGUCUGAUCAGACUUUGUCAGUUCAUGUUUGUUUUCUAAAGAUUCAAAUAAUUAAAAGUUCUUGGUAUUUAUUACAUGUAAACGGAGAUGAAAUGAUUUAUUUUUUUUAUAAAUACAAAUUCAGAAUGUCUUAGAAAUGUGACAUUGGGUGAUAUGCAAAUAAGUAUAUAUAUAUAAACAUAGUAUGUGUUUAAUGGUGUAAACAUUUGUUUAGGUAACUUCUGAGAGCAUAGUUUCUGUUAAGCAAAAAGAAUAAUUAUUUUUUUGAAAACCUUCACUAUAAAAUCUUUAAUAUUUUACAGAAUGCUACGAACAGCAUUCCUAAAUAUGGAAACAUAUUGCUGAAUAUAUGGAAAUGGAGUGGACAGAUAACAGUGUUGUCAGUUUGUGUUGGUGUCAAAAUACUGUUGUAGAUUUAGGGACAGUGAUGUAGUGCCUUUAUAAUUCUUUUCGUGACCUUAUCGAAACCGAUCCAAUUUCCCUUGUAACAGCAAGGCGAACGCCCUUAGCCUAUGUCUCUCCGUCCCAGAUGAACCAUAACAAACCAAUCCGUCCCAAACCCAAUGAUUGGACGUUCAGUGAAAAAUGACGUCAGUUGAUUGGCCCUUCAUUUCCGUCCUUUAUUAAGAUGGCCACUGGAGGCCUAUUCUUGCAAGUGUCAGUGGCGUUGUUGUGAUAAGUGUUGUUAUGCAAAUUCCUUGUAACAUUCCUGUGUUGAUUCCUUAAAUGGCAGUUAUUUCACAUGUGUGGCCUUACUCACUGUAUAAUAAGUUGUCAUUAGUAGCACUGUAUAUAGAACUCUCACUCCACCCUCGUCACCUGCUUUGGGUAUUUCACACAACACUGCACGUGUGAACAAUGUACUUGGACAUUCAGUAAACUUGUUGAAAGACA